AUGUACUCGGCAUCCAAGGCGGCUGCUAACCACUUGGAGCGCAACCUUGCAGUCGAGCUCGGUCCGAAAAACAUCACAUCCAACAUUAUCGCUCCGGGCUUCUUCCCAUCCAAGUUGGCGCAGGGGUUGAUCGGCAACCUGGGUGGUGUCAAGGAGCUAAGUAGAGGCAAUCCAUUGGGUCGACUUGGUGAGCCUGAAGAUAUCGCUGGUGUAGCAGUGUUCCUCUGUUCCCCAGCGGCGAAAUACUUAAACGGCGUUGUCAUCGAAGUUGACGGAGGGGCGCGUUCGACACCGGGAAGAAUGACAAAGUUAUAA